AUGCUGAAAGGGAGGAUUUUGAUGAUGCAGAAACCUGACAUGACUGGUUUAGGAGAAUUUGUUAAACCAUUGAAUGAUGUGAUUAUGAAAGCGAAUGUGAUGACAGAAGGAAGACGGUCUGAUUUCUUCAACCACUUGAAGACCACUGCUGACAGUCUGACAGCGCUGGCAUGGAUCACAUACGCAGGCAAAGAUUGCGGGAUGAGCAUGCCUAUUGGGCAUGUGGAAGAAAGUUGGCAAAUGGCUGAAUUUUACAGCAACAAGGUUCUUGUAGAGUACAGAAAUAAAGACCCAAAUCAUGUGGAGUGGGCUAAAGCUUUGAAGGAGCUUUAUGUACCAGGUUUAAGGGAUUAUGUGAAAACUCACUAUCCUUUGGGUCCUGUAUGGAGUGCCACAGGAAAAACAACUGUAUCUGCUCCCUUAAAAACUCCUACCUCAAUUGCUCCUGCUCCUCCACCUCCUCCGCCAGCUUCACUCUUCAGUUCUGAAUCUCCUCAGCCGUCAGCUUCACACCCAAAGGAAGGAAUGGCUGCUGUUUUUCAAGAAAUUGGUUCAGGAAAGUCGGUGACAGCUGGUUUGAGGAAAGUCACAGCUGAUAUGAAAACAAAGAACCUUUCUGAUAGAACUAGCGUUGUUACUGCUAGUGAAAAAGGUCAUGUUAGUUCCUCCUCAUUCUCUAAAGCAGGUCCUGCAAAGUUAGAGCUUCAAAUGGGUCGGAAGUGGGUAGUUGAGAAUCAAAUUGGAAGAAAGAAUUUAGUCAUUGAUGACUGUGAUGCAAAGCAAACAGUUUAUAUUUUUGGAUGCAAAGAUUCUGUUCUACAGAUCCAAGGAAAAGUUAACAACAUAACUGUUGACAAAUGCACGAAGAUGGGUGUUGUAUUCACGGAUGUUGUGGCUGCUUGCGAGAUUGUUAAUUGCAAUGGCAUUGAGGUGCAAUGCCAGGGUUCAGCUCCUACCAUUUCAGUAGACAACACUGCAGGGUGCCAAUUAUAUUUAAGCAAAAAUUCUUUGGAGGCUUCCAUAACAACAGCUAAGUCAAGCGAAAUCAACGUACUGGUACCAGGUGUUGAGCCUGAUGGUGACUGGGGGAGCAUUCUUUGCCUCAGCAGUUUGUUCAUAUAUAUAAGGAUGGUCAGUUUGUCACGACUCCAGUCUCGCACUCAGGAGGGUGACUGGUGA